ACACCUCAAUCUCAAUCUCAAUCUCAAUCUCAAAGCAAAAGAAAUCAGAAACCAAAAAGGAAAGAGGAAAGAUGCAAUCUGCAAAGGACAUGGCAGCCUCAGCUAAAGCUGGCAUGGAGAAAACCAAGGCCACACUCCAAGAAAAGGGUGAGAGGAUGACGACGCGCGAUCCACUCCAAAAGGAGAUGGCGACGGAGAAAAAGGAAGAGAGGAUCGACGAGGCUGAGCUCCGCAAGCGCGAUGCCCAGGCUCAGCACGAGGCUCAGUACCGCAACACUGGUACUGGCACUGGCGCUAAUACGACUGGCUUUGGAACCGGCGGCACUUACUAAAUAAUACUCCCUCCGUCCCAUGUUACUCGCACUUUUCAUUUUAGGCCGUAAAUUUGAGAUUAAUUUUUUUGUGUAAUUAAAUUAGAAUUUUAAGUGUAAUGAGACGUCACUUAAUAAAUGACCUCUUAACUUAAACUAACAUAUUAAUCAAAUGCAUUAAUUCUAACUUAAACUAUAAAUAAUGUAAGGAGUUUGUGACGUGCCGAAAAGUAAAAGUGCAAGUAACAUGGGACGGAGGGAGUACUACUACUACUAGUAUUGUAACUAUAUAUAUCUGCCAACCUUGUAAUAAAAUGGGUGAAUGUGUCUAUCUCAACACACUCCUUGUAUUUUUUACGUAUGUUGAUUUGCAAUGAAUUCUCCCUCCCAUUUUAAA